CUCACCGGCCGCCCGCCCACCAUGCAUCAGACUUGUUUGUUGCAGCCAUGGUGCUCUCCAAGGUCAUCACCCUCCGAUCCUCGCGCAGCCAGUCGACGGGUGGGCUCUGGCCACGGAAACAUCGGACUCGACGCCAUGGAAGACACUGCGGCGGUUGUCCUUCGACAACACCAACACCGCACUUACAGUACUCGCUGUUCGGCUAUCUUGGCACACCAUGAGUAUGACAAGGCUCAGCAACCGCAGCGGGCAGCCAUGCUCGCCAUCGGCACGGCCAACCCGGCGAACUGCGUGCCACAGGACGAGUACGUCGACUGGUACUUCCGCGUCACCAAGAGCGACCACCUCACCAAGCUCAAGGCCAAGAUGAAGAUGAUAAGUUCCAACUCGGGAAUCAAGAAGCGCUACUUCUACCACACGGAGGACACGCUCCGGGAUCACCCGGAGUUCAUCGACAGCGCCCUGCCGUCGCUCGCCGCCCGGCAGGGCAUCCUGGCGUCCGCGGUGCCGGAACUCACCGCGGCGGCGGCGACCAGGGCCAUCGCCGAGUGGGGCCGCCCGGCGUGCGACGUCACCCACCUCGUCUUCGCCACCAGCUCCGACGCGCACAUGCCCGGCGCGGACCUCCGGCUCGCGUCGCUGCUCGGCCUCCGCUGCUCCGUGCAGCGGACGGCGGUCUACUUCCACGGCUGCUCCUCGGGCUCCGCCGCGCUCCGCGUCGGCAAGGACAUCGCCGAGAACAACCCCGGCGCGCGCGUGCUCGUGGCCUGCGCCGAGCUCAGCCUCAAAUUCCUCCGCGAGGCGCGCGAGGACCGCCCCGAGACGCUCAUCAUGCAGUCGCUGUUCGGCGACGGCGCGGCGGCCGUCAUCCUCGGCGCCGGCGGCGUCACCGAUGGCGACGACGGCGCUGCAGGGUCCGGCGUCGAGCGCCCGCUCUUCGAGCUGGUGUCCGCCUCCCAGACAUGGAUACCUGACACCGAGGACGCCGCCGCAGGGCAGCUCGCCGAAGGCGGCCUGGUGUUCCGGCCCUCCCCCAAGAUGCCGGCGCUAUUGCGGCAGCUCAUCGAGCAGUACCUGGCCGAGGCGGUGGGGCCGCUCGGCCUGGGCGUCGGAUGGAAUGACCUCUUCUGGGCGGUGCACCCCGGCGGGCCGGCGAUCCUUGACAGCGUCGAGGCCGCACUGGCGCUGGAGCCCGGGAAGCUGGCGGCGAGCAGGCACGUGCUGCGCGAGUACGGGAACAUGUCGGGUGUCUCGGUUAUCUUCGUGCUGGACGAGCUCUGGCGCCGGCGCCACGAGCUGGAUGGAGGAUUUGGGGUCAUACUGGGGCUUGGCCCAGGAGUCACCGUGGAGACAAUGGUACUCCGCGCGCGCGGCUAGUGGCGCAAAGAGAAAGGCUCUCUAACGAGUGAACGUCACCAACAGGAGUGUGUAUGAUGAAAUUAGAAUUGUUUAGAUCCUGAGGUAAUGUCAAGACUUAAGAUAUCUCAAGAUUCGAAAUGCGAAAAAUUUCGGUCCUGACCGAAAUGGGUGAAUUUCAUAAAUUUCGGGAUUCGGUUGUCAACAAAUUCAUUUUUAUAUGAAAUUUGGCUACAAUUAGAUGGAGAUUUAUGAAUUGAGCACUCCUAUAAAAGAUAGUGUGAGAGAACUAGGGAGAUAUUGUGAGGAGCUAAGGAGGAACAUAGCGAAAACACUAUGUUUCUGUGUUCAUUAACUAUUGCAAAGUGGGAGAGGCCAAGAUGGUUAUAUAACUAAAGUUUAUCGUA